UGUGGAUGCACCGUCGAGCGAUUCGCCGCGGCCGCGAUUUCCGUCCGAUGGGCGUACACACGAUGCUGCGAGACGUCAUGGCAUUCAGCACGAGAAGCAACCCUUUGAAGUUCAAGUCCAACUACGAGAAACAAAUCAUGCUGUUCGCAAGCGAAGUGUCGGUGAUCUGUGGCGCGAAUCCAUAUCGCGAAAUUUCCGACGUGUUUUUGGGCGUGUGGAAGCGCACCGACAAGACAUACGUGAAAGGGCUAGAAGACGAGUUGGCGCCGAUGAUGCCAGAGACAGUCGAGGAAAAGAUGGAUCGUGUGAUACAGGACGAACCACAAGUACAAGCGAUCUUGGACGCCCCCUCCCUAUCCGUUGCAGAUGUGCAAGAAAAGAAGAAAGCGGUUCAAGCUCAUGUCAACGCAUUACCGCACUUGACUCCAGAGGACAAGGUCGACGUGGUCCAGGCUCUGCAUUCGACGCUGCAGACGACAUUCGGCGCAGCUCAGGAAAUACAUGCGAUUGAGCACUACGAGACCGAAACUCAGUCCUCGGUGCAACAACGGAAUGCCAAAUUCUGGAGUAAACAAGUCGGCCGUGUUCAGUCUGCGGACAAGCGAUACCGCAACGUCCUUGUGGGCGGUCGGAUCGAUGGGGUGAGCGGGGAAAAAGUUAUCGAAGUGAAGAACCGCAUGCGAGAUUUCAAGACCCCACUUCCCCACUACGAUAUUGUCCAGCUGCAAACGUACUUGUACUUGCUUGACUCUACCCACGGAGAGUUGGUCGAGCACAUCAAGGCCAAGACCAAGGACAAGAGCAAGACAACGACUGUCGAUUGGGACCCCGAACUGUGGAACACCUCCGUCCUUCCGUACCUUGCUCGGUUUUCACAUUCACUGGAUCGGUUCAUGGACGGGCCGCAAGAUUUGCACCACAAGUUCCUCACGUACGACACGAAGAAGCGAAAGGACGUCAUUCGAGAUUUGUGGAUGGACAGUCCUGCAGACUUUGACGGUUGACGAGUGGCCGCCAUGAACACUCUCGUCAUUUAACGCCAUCCACUCUGGAUACAUCAACAUGUACACACCCUUAACUCUCUAUUCGAGCUCGAUCGCCAUGGCGAAU